AUGGCGUCUGCACGUAUCUUCACUGUUUUGCUAUGCCUGUGCUGUGUUACUCUGCACACUUCAAGAGCACAAACAUCGCCACCGACAAAUAAUAUCUGUCCUAACAAUACUGGUAUGAUGAAUGAUGAAGCCAGGAAUCUUAUCUUGCAGACCCACAACCAAAGAAGAACAACUGCAGCACGAGGGGAAGUUAAGAAUGGGAAGAAAACCACAAGACUGCCAAGAGCGGCGAAUAUGAUGGAAAUGAAAUACGAUUGUAAUUUGGAAACAAGCGCUCAAACGUACGCCAAUACGUGUACGCUGACUGCUUCCCCAGAAGGUCAACGUGCAGCACAAGGUGAAAAUAUUGCAACAGUUACCGGUAGUGUUGCUCCUGUUGAAGCGGUACGCCAGGCUGAAAAUGGAUGGUGGAACCAGAUUUCUAUCAACGGUAUGAACGAGAAGAUGUUGUUCACUCAGUAUCUUAGUACCAAGUCAAGAGCACCCAUAGCGUUCACUCAGAUGGUAUGGGCAUUAUCGUACAGGCUAGGAUGCGGUGUUGCGACCUGUGCGACAUCAACUUUCGUUGUUUGUCGUUAUGGUGAAAGAGGUAACAUCAUAAACCAAAACGUCUAUACAACAGGCGCCCCGUGUUCCAAUUGCCCUUCUGGAUGUACGACGGGAGGAGUACUAUGUACGAGUCCAACUGUCGUAUAA